AUGCACCUUUUCGUAGUCGGCGGUGGCACAGCUACCAACUCCGUUGUUGGCGUAUUUGGCAGUCUGGCGGGUGAAAUCACCUACGUGCUGCCGAUUUCAGAUAACGGCGGGUCCAGCAGUGAAAUUCUCAGAGUGCUGGGAGGACCGGCAAUUGGUGAUGCAAGGUCUCGAAUGACUCGGUUAAUGCCGCCGUCUCCUUUGCGGAAUUUAUUGGAAAUACGACUAUCUGACAAUGCCCACAAUGCCCAAAAGACCUGGGAUUCUAUUGUUUACGGAACUCAUCCUAGCUGGCAACAAAUCCCUUCGCACCUUAAACACAUGUACAGGGCAUUUUUGAUUCACGUCCACGCAGAGCUGCUAAGAAGGAAUCGGCCGGGCAAAGAGUUCAAAUUCAACCGGGCAAGUAUCGGGAACAUGCUUUUGAGCGGCGCCCGGUUGUUUUUUGGGUCUUUGGACUCGGCUAUUGAAUUUGUGUUGCGCACAGCCAACGUUCCCGAAUCGAUCAGAGUGCUCCCGGCGAUCAACACGAAUUUCAGCCACCAUAUCGGUGCACUGCUGCAGGAUGGUACGCGGGUGUAUGGUCAGUCCGAAAUAUCGCACCCGAGCAGCGAUCUUAUCGAUCCGCCGUUCAAAAUGGAGGACGAUGCAGAGGAAUGCCAGGAAGAAGAUGCAAACAUGCCGUUCAGCCACCCGUCGCUCUCAGCUUCGCAAAUUUCGUUUUCGAAACACUCCGAUCCACUGCAAUCACCUAUUGAGAGCUUGUUUUAUGUGAACCCUUACGGCGAAGAGAUCAAACCUAAAGCGUCGUCGCGUGUUUUACAUGCGCUUGCCCAUGCCGAUUGCGUCGUGUUCUCGAUUGGUAGCCUCUACACGUCGAUCAUUCCAGUUAUCUUGCUUCAGGGAUUUGCAGCGAGGCUCGUGAAUUGCAAAACUAAAAUUCUGAUUCUUAAUGGCACUCACGACCGGGAGACAGACGGCAUGACGGCUAUCGAGCAUGUGGCUGCAGCAAUCAAAGCCUGCACGUACAGCCUGGGGCUGAGCUACUGCGAUCUAGACGAUAUCGACUGGACGAGCUUUGUAACCCAUGUGGUCUAUUCAACUGAGGAAAUUGUGGCGAUUGAUGUGCCUGAGCUCGAGCAAAAGGGCAUACAGUGCGUGCCUGCGGUCAGCACCAACGGCAUCUUCGACACUCCGGACCUCAAAAACCAAUUGGCCACUAUCCUGUACUAA